CUCAGCUGUUCUCAGUUGCACUGGGUGCCUUGUGGUGUUGUGACAGAGCUGUGUUGCAUUGAGUGAGACUAAACUAUCUCAAAGGAGCGCUAAGUAGAGUGGGAGACAAAAAGAAGCCAAACCAUUGAGGACUCACCAGGCAGAUGGAAUGAACAGCUGAAACAAUUUGGACCAGUUUUACUUUUUUGUGGCUAAAGGUGCGGCCAAGUAACAUCAUGGAUGGGUUAUACACCUACAUUCUGCUUAGAUGCCAAAGGUGAAAGGAUCAUGGGGAUUCUCUGGGGUGCCAUAACACUUCUGUGUGGGGUGGCUGUGCUUAGAACAGAGGGCAGCGGACCCACACAAACCAAAAAUAACGUGCCUCGGCUAAAACUCUCUUAUAAAGAGAUGUUGGAGACUAAUAAUCUUGUGACAUUUGAAGGCCUGGCUAACAGUUCGGGUUACCACACUGUCUUGCUGGAUGAGGAAAAGGGAAGGCUCCUGGUGGGAGCCAAGGAUCACAUCUUUUCUUUUAACCUCCUCAACAUAAGCAAAGACAAGGCACAGAUCCCCUGGACUGCUUCUCCCACUAGAAGAGAUGAAUGCAAGUGGGCAGGGAAAGAUCUCCUGAGAGAAUGUGCACAUUUCAUCAAAGUUCUGCAACCUUUCAACCAGAGCCACUUCUAUGUUUGUGGGACAGGAGCCUUCCACCCUGUAUGCUCCUACCUGGAAGUGGGAAAGAAACCAGAGGAUGGUAUUUUCAGACUGGUUCCCCAUGUAGAAAAUGGCAGAGGGAAGAGUCCCUAUGACCCUAAGCUCCUCACCGCUUCAAUGCUAAUUGAUGGGGAGCUGUAUGCUGGAACAUCAGCCGACUUCAUGGGGCGGGACUUUGCCAUCUUUCGCACUCUUGGCAAACAUCAUCCGAUCAGAACAGAGCAACACGACUCCAGGUGGCUAAAUGAUCCUAGAUUUGUAGGUGUCCAUCUGAUCCCAGAAAAUGACAAUCCAGAGGAUGACAAAAUCUACCUGUUCUUUAGAGAGAAUGCUAUGGAUGGAGAACACGCUGGAAAAGCCACAUAUGCUCGCAUUGGACAGCUCUGCAAAAAUGACCUCGGGGGCCACAGAAGCCUAGUAAAUAAAUGGACAACUUUCCUGAAAGCCCGACUGAUUUGCUCUGUGCCGGGCAGUAAUGGGAUCGACACACAUUUUGAUGAACUACAGGACGUCUUUCUCAUAAGCACUAAGGAUCCUAAGAGCCCAGUAAUCUAUGGAGUAUUUACAACUUCCAGCAAUGUCUUUAAAGGUUCAGCGGUGUGUAUGUACAGCAUGGCAGAUAUAAGAAGAGCUUUCUUGGGUCCAUAUGCUCAUAGGGACGGACCCAGCUAUCAGUGGGUCCCCUUUCAGGGACGUGUACCUUACCCCCGACCUGGCACAUGCCCUAGCAAAACAUUUGGUGGAUUUGACACAACCAAGGACCUUCCUGACGAAGUGGUCACUUUUGCCAGAAGUCACCCGGCCAUGUUUAAUCCUGUCUAUCCAAUUAAUAAUAAACCAAUAAUAGUCAAAACAGAUGUAGACUACCAGUUCACUAAAAUGGUAGUGGAUAAGGUGGAAGCUGAAGAUGGCUUGUAUGAUGUUAUGUUCAUCGGCACAGACAUAGGAACAGUUCUGAAAGUUGUGGCCAUCCCAAGAAAUUCAUGGCAUGACCUGGAAGAAGUGUUAUUGGAAGAAAUGACUGUAUUCAGAGAACCAGUUGCAAUUACAGCCAUGGAACUUUCAACAAAACAGCAACAACUCUAUCUUGGAUCAGACAUCGGUGUGUCUCAGAUGCCUCUACACCGUUGUGAGGUUUAUGGAAAGGCCUGUGCUGAAUGCUGCUUGGCGAGGGACCCUUACUGUGCAUGGGAUGGCACAGAAUGCUCUAGAUACUUUCCAAUGGCAAAGAGGAGAACAAGACGGCAAGAUAUCAGGAACGGAGACCCACUCACCCAGUGCUCAGACCUGCAGCAACAAGAUGAACUCAGCGGACAGGCAACUGUCCAUGAUAGAACUGUCUAUGGUGUGGAAAACAGCAGCACUUUCCUGGAAUGUGUCCCCAAGUCCCAGAGAGCCACUACAUACUGGCAGUAUCAGCGCUCCGCUGAUGAACGCAAACAAGAAAUCAAGUCAGAGGAGCGUUUCGUUCGAACAGAACAAGGUCUUCUGAUCCGCACUCUUGACAAGAAGGAUUCAGGCAUCUAUCUGUGCCAGGCAGUGGAACAUGGCUUCAUGCAGAUAGUCUUAAAGGUUCACCUGGAAGUGAUUGACGCAGAGCGGCUGGAGGAUCUUUUGCAUCAUGAUGAAGAUACAGCUACCACUGUCCCAGCUCAGGACUUUUCUUUGUCGAGAGAAACUCCCAGUCAAAAACUUUGGUACAGGGACUUUCUGUCUUUAGUCAAUCACCCAACUCUGAAUAGUGUUGAUGACUUCUGUGAUCAAGUUUGGAAAAGAGAGAGAAAGCACAAGCGACAGAAAGCUCACCAUGUCCAAAAAGUACAAACACACCAUCAGCAGCCGCAGCAGAAGGCUGCGCCGGGUCCUCACAGCAACAUGCCUGCUCAGGGCCUGGCAUCCAAGUGGAAGCACCUUCAAGAACGACAGAAGGGUCGCAACCGCAGGACCCAUGAACUGGAGCGGGCCCCUCGCAGUGUCUGACCCAUACAGUUUGACUUUGACCACGACACUUCAGAUCACUCCCAGAUCAUAUUCUGUAUACCUUAAACUGUUUGGUUUUUGAAACAUACAUGUCCUACACACACUGAACAUAAAAUAAAUAAAUAAAUGCUGCUCUUAUCUGCAAACUAGUGUGAUCUAAGUGUGGGCAGUUUUGUUUACAGCCCACAGAAAAAAAAAAAGGAAUGCUGUUGUAUCAUCGAAGAUUGUUGGAGCAUAUCAUCUCUGCUGGCCUCAGUGACAUGAACAAUGCAGAGCGGUAGGACCACUCCGCACAAAACAAUGGACAAAUGUGCCCAUCCUGUAGACAUGACUGGCAAUGAGAUGCGGUCAUUGUAAUGUAGUUAGGUGAUGUUUCUAAGUUUGCAAAAUGUCUAAAAUAACAAAAAUUAUAUACUGUAUUUUACCUCACACAACAAUGAGACUGGGUGAAGUUGUUUAUGGGAAUAAAUGAACUUGCAAGUCUAUUACAUUGAUAAGUUACACAGUUCAAAAAAUGCAAUGAGAAUUAACGUCCAUUACAAAAGUAUUUAUACUCCUCAAAGUUUUUCACAUUUAGUCAUCUCACAAUCAGAAACAUCAGUUUAUUUUAGGGGGCAUUCUUCUAAUCAAUAAAUAGUACUGCAUAGUUUGAAGUGUAAGGAAAAAGAUGCACAUUCUAAUAGCUCUACACCAUUUUGCUCCCAUGUUUCAGUGUAGGGAAGAAAUAUUGAAGGUCUCUUCCAACUUUCUGACAACACUUUUUCCCUAUUAAUUAUUAAAUACCAGAUUAUGUGUGUUAUGUGCCUAAAAAACUCCAGUUGUCCUCUUGACAUAUUCUCCCAUGUGCUGCUUAUCUCUGCAGCUCCUUCAGACAUAUCAUUGGCCUCUUUGCCUCUGUACUAGUUCACCCUCUUCUUCCUUGACCUAUUAAUUUGUGCAGACAGCCAUGUCUUUUUAGCUAUGCAAUUGGUGCCAUACUCUCUAAAUUUUUGGAUGACGUAUUAAAUGUUGCAUACUCUAACUUUGCCUUAAUAACCUCCAUGAUGUUGUCUGUGCGCUAAUGUUCUAUACCUCUGAGUAAACCUCUGAGGCAUUUACAGAAACAUUGCAAUUAAAUUGCGUCCAUACAUGCAGAGUGAUGAUUGUUAAGACUGGGGACCUUGAAUAAAUCAUUUUAGUCUUCAGUAAAAAAAAAAGAAAAAUUGCUGAUACAUGGAGCUUUCACUACACAUGAGAUAAUAUCAUACAAUCAAAUUUAUUGCAGGAUAAACAUUUUAGGUUCACAUUACUAAACAAAAUUAAAAUCAUGUAUCUUCUUCCUUAUACUUUUUCAUUUUGCUCUACUUACAAAAAGUGCUAAGGUGAUGAAUGUUGACACUUGUAACGUCGCAUAGCAAUGUGGAAAGGUUCAGUGAGUAUAAAUACUUUUCCAUGGUGAUUUAGUAAGUAAUUCAAUGAACAAUUAGUUUUGAAUUAGUCAGUGUUAAAUGAAAAUCCAGUUAUUAUUGGUUCUCCAAUGCAACUCCUGUCAACAUGUGUAAAUACUGUAUUCUAUAAUAAUCUUAUCACAAGAAAGGGAAUGAAUUUCAAUUAUCUAGUUUGUGUUACUUGCCCAAAGUAGAAAUCUACUUAUGAGACAUAGUUUGCAGAACAUUUGUAAACAGGAAAGUUUUGUACUUGUAUGUGUGUUUGUGUGUCCGUGCCCUAGAUAAGCUUCCUAGACAAAGACAUUUUAUUAUUUUCAAUCUGAAUCGUUCCAAUUUUAGCAUUUUGAAAACCGCAUUGUCUCACUUUCCAAAUGCUGAGCAGAGUUCUUCCAUGUUUAUUUAAUUAUUCUGUCAGUCAGCUUUGUUUCUACACCCGUGCAUAUUUAUUGUCAAACAUUUCUGUACAUUGUGAUAUAUUAUAAGCAGGCAUUUUUUUCUAACGUGUUUCUGUUACUGGACCACUUAGGUAAAAAUAAAAAAUAAAUUUUAUCACAUGUAGAAGAUUUUAAGUAUUUUAUUAGUUAUCACGUGCAUUAAAUGUCAAAUGCAUUGGGCAAUAUGCCAGUAUACAGUCAUGUACUUUUAACACAUCCAUAUUUUAUGCAGACAUUGCAGUGUGACACAGUAAAUUCACUGCAUGUAGCAUAAGAAUAAAAUUGACUAAAACCAUCACUGCACAGUGCACAAACACAAACCCUGAAUGUAACUGUGAAAAAUAAAUACUAUGGUCUAUAUUAAUCAACUAUACCACUGUGUAGUAGUGCAUGUGAAUACUGGUGUAGUGUUCUUGUUCUACCAUAGCGAUGAUAAACUAGUCUAAUGUUGUCACCUUUAAGCUGUUUCUUGCUUAUGCUGUAGUACACAAUAGGAGCGAUUUGAAAAAUGCCUUCCUGCUUCUGUUAGUGCUCCAAACAGUGUACAUGUUAUAAACAGGAACUCAACAAGAUUUCCCCAUGGACCCCAGUCUCCACAUGCCAGUUUAUCUUACAAUGGACAAUGAUAAUUUUCGCUUUGCACAAACAUUGCCCUGUCAGAUGACUGCGACUGUGUGCAAGCUUCAUCCACUUUUGGAAGGAAGAUGAGAAGCAGCUGGAAGUGUCCUUGGGAGAUUUUUAGUCUCAAAAUGAAUGAGACAAGCUGAACAGCAGAGUCGUGGAUGCACGCGUGAUAAGAUUAUCAUUAUGAGAAGGAAAUAUAUGGGGCUUGUCGGAUGAACAGUGGGAGUGAGGAAAUUAAGUGCUGCUGUUGCUGAUUUUUGGCAUGAUGUAUUCUCCUGAUGUAAUAAAUGUCUCUUCAUGAAAUGCUGCAUUCAUUAAAUCUGCUUUUGAUAGUUA